AUGAGUUAAAACUAGUUUAAUUUCUUAUUUAAAGAUGAUAUCAGGUAUUUUAACUUUUAGUCAAUGUAUGAAUUUGUACUUUAUCAAAACAAAAAUGAAUAAAGUAGUUAUUUUAAUGGAAAAAAUAUUCAAACAAAUUCUUUUAGUAAAAUUUUGGAUAUACAAAAAAUUAAUGUCUUGAUACCUGUUAGAUCUUUUUAUGGAGCAUAUGCAUUCGCUGAGGAUUUUGCUUAAGAAUUGCAAUAAUUAAAAUAAUUGAGUGAGUUAGAGUUAUUGAUUUGUGAAUCUAAUUGCAUAAGUUCACCUGAAACAGGGUUUAUAUUUUAAGGAAUAAGAAAUUUAAAUAAACUUGAAAAGCUUAAUUUCUAAAUAUUGUAUGGUAAUAAAAUAGAAGAUAAGGGAGCUUAAUCAAUAGGUAAAAGUUUGAAAAAUCUUAUAAAUCUUUAGGAACUAAGCUUAAAUUUUUCAGCUAAAAAAAAAAUAAAAUCUGAGGGAUUAAUUUGUAUAUCUGAUGGUAUUUCUGGUUUAAUUAAAUUGAAGUUUUUGCAAAUUAAAAUAGGAAAAAUGUAAUAAAUAGAGCAUGCUGGGUGGUGUUCACUUGGAGAUUCAAUAGGUCAAUUAAGUAAUUUGGAGCUUUUAGAUUUGGAAAUAGAAAGCUAAAAUUAAGUUGCUUCUAUUGGAGCAGAAGGAAUAGCUAAUGGUUUAAAGAAUUUAUGCAAUUUAAAAACUCUUAGAUUGAUGUUUGGUUCUAACAAUAAUAUAAAUGAAAGUGGAUGUAGCAAAUUAGGAGAAAGUUUGAAUGGUAAGAAAAAUCUAGUUGAAUUAUCAUUUACUAUAAUGUAAAGGAAUGGAAUUGGAUAAAAAGGAGCAAUAAAGAUUGCUGAAAAUUUAUCCUCACUCUCAAACUUAACUAAUUUAAAUCUAUUCAUUGGGGAAGAAAAUGAUGUUUAAAUUAAUGGAAUUUAAUACCUUUACAGCUCUAUUUCUUGCUUGGAAAAGCUAAAAAAACUUAAGUUUGCUAUUGGUCAUGAAAAUAAAAUUAACUCAGAUUAAUAUUCAGAUCAAAUAAGCUUGCUAAAAAAUUUAAAAUAAUUAGAAAGUUUAUAGCUUUAUUUUGGUUAAAGAAAUAAUGCUUAAAUUUCUAUUUUUUAAAAUGUAAUGAGUAUUUUGCCUGACCUUUCAAUUUUAUAGCAAUUGGAUUUACAUUUUGCAGAAUAAAAUAAAUUUGGUGGUAUGCAAUUAAAGUAUAUAGAUUUUUCUUGUUUAUCUCAAUGCUAAAUGUUAAGGGAACUCAGUAUUUACGUAGGGUACCAAAAUGUUCUUAAUACAGAGGUGGUAAACUAUUUGAGUGAAGGGAUUAAGUAUCUAAAUAAUUUAUAAAUAUUAAGAGUAACUUUGAUUUUUAUAAAGAAAUAUGAAUUUAAGCCUAAAGUAGGAGAACUAUUUAAUUCAAUAUAAAAUCUAACAAAACUAACUCAUUUACACUUGGAUUUUGGUGAGCUGUUUUUUUUCGAGCUUGAUGACUUUUAAAGCUUAGCAUAUUGUAUAGAAAAUUCAAAAUUUUUAAAUAAACUCUACCUUAAGUAUCAAAGUGUAGAAAACCCAAUAAAUAGCUAUACUCUUCUAAAUCAAAGUUUAUAAUCUUGUAAAAACCUAAAAUCAGUUAUCAUUAAAUUAGCAACCAUUUAAGUAUAAAAUAAGGACAGUUAUUUUGUUAAGAAUUACUUACUUUGA